AUGCCUUUCAACCGAGAGCUUUUAGCCUCCAUUACUUUUGAACCCUCUGACACCUCCGAAUUUGAUGAGGAUGAUUUAAAACCUCCAAGUCUCACCUUUGACGCUAGCGUCUCGGAUGGAAACCAACCUAAAAACAAAGACACUGAACGAUCCUCCACGGAGAAGCAAGAGCCAAACGAGGCGACGAAACUCUUCAUUCGGUGCCUAAAAAUAGCCCUCGAGCCCAGCCUUGUAAGCAUCUCCCACCCUGAAAAGCAGCGCCCUCUCAAUUCCAAACGCGACUUUUCCAUCGAGGUCACGACGAACUUUUACAGAGAGAAGUACGGAUUCACCUUCUGUGGUGGGGAUCUGGGGAAGGUAAAAAAGAAACAUGAGCUCUCCCGAAACUUCAUCAAUCCUCACCGGGUGAUCACAACGAAGGUGCGCACGACCCUGGACGACAUGUUAGACGACACCUACGAGUCCUCGAACUUGGAGUGGACGGAAUCGAAAUCGCGCAACAGUUGGAGUGGGCCGCUGCUAGCAAGCGACUCGGCAGAGAAGCGGACGCGAUCUAGCAUGAGGCUCGAAAGCAGCGACGACAGCGACGGCGACGACGACAUCCCCCCGGUAGACUUCAAGUUUGUCGAUUACUCCCCCAUGUGCUAUCGUCACAUACGCGAGUUCUUUGGAAUCAAUUCAGAAAAAUUCUGCAACGUGCUAUGCAACAGUCGCUGGCAUAGCAUCCCAACGCCUGGGAAAUCUGCCGCGCAGCUUUUUUUCUGCGGACGUGACUGGGUUAUUAAGACGAUGACUCGACGGGAAAGUAAUUUUUUACGUAAAAUUCUUCACCGCUACUAUUACCAUGUUCGCGAUAACCCUUUCACCCUUCUGCCUCAUUUUGUCGGGCACUAUCACCUUGAGGUCGGUAAAAAGUCCUACAGUCUUAUUGUCAUGCAGAAUGUGUUUGCGACGACGAACCCCAUUCAUGAAAAGUUUGACCUUAAAGGCAGUACGAUUGGUCGGUUCGCGUCCGACGCGGAGAAGAUGCGGGCAACCUGCACACAGAAAGAUCUAGACAUCCACAAUCCUAUUCAUAUUGGAGCCGAGCGCCGCCGGCUACUGAUCGAGCAGCUGAAAAAGGACUGUGAUUUCCUCAAGUACUCGAACAUCAUGGAUUAUUCGCUUUUGCUGGGGAUUCAUAUACUCCCCCCAACUGGGCGGCCUGUGGGGUCGGGGCCGGCCCCCGUGUACGGCGGUCUGGGCACCUCGAGAAAAUCUAGCUUCUUGGAGCACUCUUCCUCGGCGGUGGAUGGCCGGUGCUUCACGGCGGAUGAAGGAGGUAUCCUGAGCAAUGAGGUGUUGGGGCUGCGGCAAGAGAUUUAUUACCUUGGAAUCAUCGAUAUUCUGCAAGAAUACGACGUAUCUAAACAAAUUGAAACGAUGGCGAAGGGCCUUAUACAUGACUCUAAACGGAUAUCUUGUAUCACACCGUUUGCGUAUGCUUCACGUUUCUUUUCGUUCAUUUCAUCUAUGAUUGUUUAA